AUGGCAUCAUCAACGAAGUUAGAAGAAAGAUUUAAUAUAGCUGUUAAAACGAUUCAAACUUUACCAGAUAAUGGUAUCAUUCAACCAUCUAAUUUAACAAAAUUAAUUUUCUAUGGUUAUUAUAAACAAGCAACAUUAGGCCCAUGCAAAGAACCAAAACCAUCCGUUUUUAAUUAUAUUGGUCGAGCGAAAUGGGAAGCAUGGAAUAGUUGUCAAUCGAUGAGUAAAAACCAAGCUAUGUUAGCAUAUGUUAUUGAAAUUUAUAAAAUUAUCAAAACAAUGCCACAAACAAAUGAAACACUGGAAUUUGCUAAAUCAAUUGGACUCGCAAACAAAAAAGGAAAUAAAACUAUUGAUGUUCAAUUGAAAGGAAAUAAUUCAUGUGAAACAAAUAUGAUAAAAAAUGAUCAGAAUGAAUCUUCAACGUCUUCGUCUUCACUAUCUUCUUCAUUAGCAUCUUUGUCUGAUCUCGAUGAAUUUUAUGAUGAUCCAUCUGAUUUUCUUAUGCCCACUUACGAUGAAAUAGCAUCACCAACUAAUGAAUCUUCAUUUGUUCAUUAUAACUCAUCUAAUGCAUCGAAUGAUACUAAUUAUAGUAAAGAAACACAUCGUACAAUCUUAAUAGUAUUAACUAAACUUCAAGAAGAUAUUCAUAAUAUAUUAAACAGACUUAAUCAAUUAGAAACAUCUAUAUAUCUUCUUCGACAGAAAGAAUUAUCUAUAGUUUCACAAUUGGAUUCUUCUUCACGAUGGUUGCCAUUAUCUGGUUUUCGUCGAGGUGCUAUAGCAUUUGUAUUACUCUGGCCUUUUAUUGCUUUUAUUCUCAUUCGUUUAUUUCUACGUGCAAAAAUUAAUAUUCGUUUUCGUCAACAACAUCUAUAA